AUGCCGUUCUCGUUGCAUGAAGUGGGUGAGAUUCUUUCUUCUGUUUGUAGGGAAGUCUGUGAGAGUUCAGUUCUGCUGUGUCUGAAGAAAAGGUUCCAUCACAAUCGUAUUUAUGUAUGGGAAGUAGUGUUUUUUGUGUGUGUGUGUGUUUUUCUUCAGUGCUUAUUCAUUCUGAACAAUGAGCUCAAACCAGUUCUGAGUAAAACUUAUAUUGGGCAAGUCUUGGUUUCUGUGAAUCCUUUCAAAGACCUCAGCAUCUACUCUGAAGAAGUGGCUACCCAGUACCACCGAAGGACGCUCUCAGAAAAUGCUCCACACAUCUUUGCCAUAGCAGAAAUGGCCUACGCACUAUCCCAGUCAUCAGAACAAGAGCAGUGUGUCAUCAUCAGUGGACACAGUGGCUCAGGUAAAACAGAAGCUGCCAAAGCAAUUAUGCGAUACCUGACUAUGCUGUACCAGAGAUCAGACGGCCACAGCAUCAGGCAGCCUUGCAAUGUCCUACCCAUCCUGGAGAGUUUUGGGAAUGCCAGAACCAUCCUCAAUGACAACUCAAGUCGUUUUGGGAAGCUUCUGAACAUCCACCUGCGACACGGGGCUGUGGUGGGAACGUCCAUCUCCCAGUAUCUGCUGGAGAAGUGUCGUGUGGUAUUUCAGGCCCACGGUGAGAGGAACUACCAUGUUUUUUAUGAGCUACUGGCUGGGUUGCCUGCGGAGCAGAAAGAGGAGUUGUACUUGCAAGAGGCAGAGUCUUACUUUUACCUGAAUCAGGGCAGAGCGUGUGACAUCGUGGGGAAGGAGGACAGUGAGGACUUUCUGGUCUUGGUGCAAGCUCUGGAGGGAAUCAGCCUCUCGGACGAUCAACUGACCUCCACCUGGACUGUGCUUGCUGCCAUUCUGCAGCUGGGGAAUAUCUGCUUUACCUCCUAUGAGAAAGAGUUCUUUGAACAUGCAGCUAUCGCCAGUGAUACCGAGAUUCAGAUCGUGGCCAAUUUGUUGCAUGUCUCCGCAGAUUUCCUACAAAGUGCUGUGACUCAUCGUGUCACUGUGACAUGUUAUGAUCGGGUCUUCACACCUCUGUCUGUAGAAGGAGCCAUUGAAGCCAGGGACUCCAUUGCCAAGACUCUGUAUUACCUGCUCUUUGAGUGGCUGCUGCUGAGAAUCAAUGAGUGGUUGGCUCCCUGGGAAUCGGACUGUGCUGUAGGCAUUGUGGACAUCCAUGGUUUUGAGGAUCUAGGUGUGAACAGCCUAGAGCAAUUCUGCAUCAAUUUUGCCAAUGAGCGUCUCCAGCAUUUUUUCAGCCAGACUGUCAUUGCCCAGGAAGAGGAGGAAUAUAACCAAGAGCAGUUAGUUUGGAUUCCUGUCUCCAAGAUGUACAAUGAGUCAUGCCUAGAUGUCAUUGCUGCAAAACCCCAUGGCAUCUUGUGUAUCCUGGAUGACCAAACUUCACUUACUCAGGCCACUGACCACACUUUCCUCCAGAAGUGUCAUUACCAUCAUGGAAACAGCCCUUGGUACACCAAGCCCAAGCUGCCUUUGCCAGUCUUCACCGUGAAACACUAUGCAGGCCCUGUCACCUAUCGGGUCCACAAGUUUCUUAAUAAAAACCGUGACCAGCUGCAUCUAGAGGUGCUGGAUAUCUUCUCCCAGAGCCACCUCAAGGUGGUGUCUCACAUUUUCCAGAAGGCUAAAGCUACCUACAGUCAGCAAAGGGAUCUGGGGGCCAGGGGCAAAGGGCUUAGGCCUCGGGCCUCUACACUGGUGUCCAAAUUCCAGGAGUCUUUGCAGGACCUCACAGCCAAGCUGAGAAGGCGAGAAGUGCUCAUUCCUGUGCUGGGCUGAUUGCUGCACCCAGAAAUGUGUGACGUUUCCCAAGUCAGCACAGAGGGGAGGAUGAUGAAAGGUUCUUCCUUUCUUCUGUUUUUCAGGAGUCAUACCUUCUUCAUUCGGUGCAUCACUCCUAAUCCUAAAAAGUUGUCAAAUAUCUUUGAUGUGGAGUAUGUCACUUGUCAGCUGCGGCAUUCUGGGAUACUGGAGGCCAUCCACAUUAAAAAAGAGGGAUACCCAGUCCGUCUUCCAUUCCAGAAGUUCCUAGCCAGGUAUGGCCUCCUGGCUGGGCAAGGGCACAGCUGCUUGGAGAAGAGAGAAGUCUGUGUGGCAGUGCUGUCUCAUGUGGUGGGGAGCCCCUCAGAUCUUUAUCAGAUUGGAGUAACAAAGGUCUUUCUGAAGGAGAAGGCCAGGCAGCUGCUGGAGAGACAAUGGAACCUGAGGCAGAGCUGGGCCGUUGUUACCCUCCAAAGGAAUUUCCGAUGCUUCCUCCACCGCAGGCGCUUCCGUGUCCUCCAGGAGAAAGUCACAAUCAUUCAGGCUCACUUCCGAGGUUAUCAGGCAAGGAAGCGGUACAGGAGGCUGAAGAAGACUUUGGUGCAGUUUAAUACCACGGUUUUAAUCUCUAGACAUUUCAUUCAAAGGAGGAAGCACUGCCAGCAGCAAGAGAAAGGAAAGCAAAGGAGGAGAUCCCUGGCCAGUGGUGACAGGGAGAACGGUCUCAGGCAAGGAAUGGAUGUUGGACUUCUGGAGAUCCCUGCAGAGCUUGCUGCCCUGCUGCAGGUAGCUGAAGGUCAGUAUAGAGCACAGGCCAACCAGAUAACUGAGGCAUUACCUCCAGAAGUCAAGAUCAAAGAUGACCUCUCCCUCCCAUCCUCCAUUAACAGCUAUCCUUUCUCCUCCUUCAUUAAGUCACACUUCCAGAUGACAGACUUCCCUGCCCCUGGCCAUCCCCUGCAUCACCCCUUAACCCAUUUGGAAGCUGAAUACCAAGAGAGUGCACUUGAGAUCAACAAACUGAUUUUGCGGUUCAUUGGUGACCAGAAUCUUGACGGCUGGCAGGAAGUACUUCUGGGCAACUACAUUGCUAGGAAAGGUUUGGAUAACGUGGCUCUGCGCAAUGAAAUCUUCAGUCAAGUGGUCACCCAGACAUGGAAGAACCCAGAUGUGGAGCACAGCCAGCGAGCCUGGGUCCUGAUGGCGACUUUACUGAGCUCCUUUGCGCCUUCACCAGCACUGGAGAAGCCGUUGCUGAAAUUUGUGUCAGACCAUGGCAUGGAUGGCUUCAAUGCUGUUUGCCAGCGUAAGAUCUUGACAGCAGCACAGCACACAGACUCUGUGUUCUCCCGAGCCUACCCUCCCACUCAGCUGGAGUGGACUGCGAACCAGAGGAAAGGGAAGAUGGUGCUGGAUGUUCAUACCUUUAAUGAGGAGAAGUUCUCAGCUGAGGUGGAGUCCUGGAUGACCGGGGAGCAGUUUGCAGGCUGGCUCCUAAGUGCAAGGGGCUGUGAUAAGAAGUCUCGAGGCUGGUCUAUCUCCCUGUUUACUGGCAACAUGUGGCAGGACUUGCUGGGCUGUGACUUUGUGCUGGACCUCAUUGGAGAGAUGGAAGAUGUCAGCAACCCCAGCAGCCCCUCUCAGUCCUCAGGUGGAUACCCUAUCACACCUGAAAGGGACAGAAACUUCUUCCUGAACUCUGCCAUGGAUCCGAUUCCCCCUGCUCCAGGUAUCCAGGCCCCUACCUUUCCACCGCCAGGCCUGCCUCCAGAGUUCAGCAAUGCCCAUCGAGAUUCAAGAUUCAGAGGUGGCCCAGGGGACCCUGUAGGCUUGGAUCACUACGUGGAUGAUCUCUUCAGCACUGUGCUGCAUCAAGGCCCCAGAGUACCAGAUUUGGAGAACAGGGAGAGUCUGACCGGACGCAUGAAGGGAGGUGGGAAGAUUGGACCCACACAGAGAGGAAUCUUUCCUUCUGCAGGCUUCUCUGGAAUGAUGCAAACACCAGUUUACCAGCCCAUGCCUUCGAUGGUGGGGAUGCCAGCUGCCAUGCCCAUGAUGCCAGGGGCAGGUGGGAUUGCACCUAUGCCAGCCAUGGUUAUGCCCCAGCCUGUGAUGCCAGCUGUAGAUCCCAAUCAGUUAGCAGCACAACAGCAAGCCUUUAUCAACCAACAAGCCAUGCUCAUGGCCCAGCAGAUGACCCUUCAAGCCAUGACCCUUUCCCAGCAACAACAGCAGCAACAGCAGCGGCGGCAACAGUCUUAUGAGAGCCCGAGGCCAAGAGUCUCAAGUCCACCACGAGCCCAGGCCCCAGCCACUCUCCCAAAACCCAAGUCAUCUCCCAGCAGCCAGAGUGCUACACCACCACCAAAGGCUCCAGAACCACCAGCUCAGGCAGAAGUGAUUGAUGACUACACAGAAGACCAGUUCUCUGACAGUGAAGAUGAUGACAAUCCUCGUGAAACUUUCCAGCAGAAGCGAGCGUAUUUUCAGAAGAUGGGAGAGCAAAAGAUCCUAGUGAAGAAAGUCAGGCCACCUUCCAAAACCUGGACCCCUCCAGCAAAUCCUGAGCCAAAGCACGAGGAGAAGGAAGAGGAGGAGAAGAAGAAGAAUACAGAAGAGAAGCCCAGCCCUAAAACAGAGGCAGCUCCUGCUCCCCCUUUGCCACCUCCUGAGCCAAAGCCAAAAAAGCAGACGCCAAGAGCAAAGAAGGAGCCACCAGUAGUGAAACCUUCGGGCCCUGCGUCACGACCUGAACCAAGCCGAGAGAUCCGCAACAUCAUCAAAAUGUACCAGAGCAGGCCAGCCCCCGAGCCCCAGCCCAUCGAGCCUGUCAGGAGAGUGUCCAAGCCAUUUAUGAAGAAGAAUGACCCCAAAAAUGAGGCACUGGCCAAGCUAGGGAUGAUGAAUCUCAAUUCUCCCAAAUCACCUCCCCCCCUACCGCAAGAGAAGAGUCCCAAAGGGGCACCUCCACCUCCCAAGCCCAAGCCAGGCUCAGCUUCUAGCUCUAUCAAGGAGAAACAGUUGCCUCUCCUGUCCAUCUUCAGCCAGCCAUCAAGUACCCCACCAGAUUCCCAGGCCCCUCUUGCUCCCCCUAUUCCCCCACCUUUGCCCGCAUCUCUCCUGCCUGGGAACCAAGGCUCGCAGGAAUCCACAGCGAAGGGCUCUACUUCAAUAGAAGAUGAUGGUAUCAAGACCCAGCUGUAUAAGCUAACUGCCAGUGUCAGCUUUUCCUAUGUCAACCCUGCCUGGAAAAUCUUUCUGCGCAAAGAGGUGUUUUACCCCAAAGAAAACUUCAGUCACCCUUAUUGUCUGAACUUGCUGUGUGAACAGAUCAUGCGCGACACCUUCUGAUCCUGCCUUCGGAUCUCCAGAGAGGAGAAGCGCAAGAUGAAAGACCUGCUGAUGGAAUUUCGGGUUGGCAAUGAUGUCCAGUCCAUUCAGGAGGAUGGGAUAAAGAAGAGGAUUGUACUGGCUGCUCGGGAUAACUGGGCUAACUAUUUCUCUCGCCUUUUCCCAGUUCAUGGUGAAAAUGGAAGUGAUGUCCAGAUCCUGGGUGUUUCUCACCGAGGCCUGCGGCUGCUGAAAGUAGUGAAAGCAGCUGGCUAUACUCCUGAGCACCUGAAAAUCCUUUGCAGCUACAGCUUUGCAGAUGUGCUGUCAGUGGAGCUGAAGGGCAGCAAUGCCCUGGAGUUCUCUCUGACGACAGAACAGCUCUUUCUGCGCUCUCAGAAAGCUCCAUGCAUCAAGGCCAUGGUGGAAACCUUCAUCCAGGAGCUGAGGCAGGAUACCAACUAUGUCAUUGCUCUGCGCAGCUAUGUCACGGAUGAUAAGAGCCUCCUUAGCUUCAAGAAGGGUGACCUCAUACAGCUACUGCCCAUGCAAGGCCUGGAGCCAGGCUGGCAGUUUGGCUCCACUGGUGGCCGCUCUGGUAUUUUCCCCACCAACCUGGUACAAUUGGCUGCAGCCCCUGAUUACCUCAGCACCAGCAUGGACAGAUUUGGAGGGCUGCGGAAGAGCAUGAAAGCUUCUUCGGAGGGCAGGAACACUAGCAGGGAGGGCUCUGUUCCCAGCGUGAUAUCAGAAAACAGCAGCAUCAUGUCAGUCCCUGCUGGUGAUCAUUAUACCAUGAUGGAUUUUGCCGCAGCCUACUUCCGAGAGGCUCAGUCCAUGUUUGGAUCGAAGGGGAUGCCUGCUGAAAAGAAGAGUAUAGCUGACCUGGUCCACCACACCAAGGUCCCAAUCCCGGCAUCUUUGCUCCAGUACUCUGAUACUGAACUGAAUGAACUUGCUACGAAAAACUUCCUAACUCUGAUGCGGUUCAUGGGAGAUCAGCCAAAACCCAAGAACCAGAAUGAUGUUCAAUGUAUCCUUGAAAUCCUUCAGCUGUGCAAGGAGAAGGAGAAUUUGCACGAUGAAGUUUACUGCCAGGUCAUCAAACAAGUCACUCUCAACCAUAAAGAGGAGAGUGUGCUGCGCGGUUGGCUGCUCCUAAACCUGCUCACUGGGUACUUCCUCCCUUCCAAAAUCCUGAUGCCCUACGCCACCAAGUUUCUGCAGCAAGCCAGCAGUGAUCCAUCCAGCACUCACCAUGAUAUAGCCAAGAUCUGUCAGAGCAACCUGCGGAAAAAUUUCAUGUAUGGGGGUCGUCGCCACCUUCCUUUCCCGGUGGAGUUAGAGGCAUUGCUGAAAGGACGUGGUGCCCGCCGGCUAGAGAUAUCGAUGCCUGGAGGAGUGGAAUACGUUGCCCGAAUCAGGACAUUCACUGUGGUCAGGGAGCUCAUGCAGGAGAUCUGUGAGCAGAUGGGGGCAGGCGAGCCAGAAGAGAUGCGGGAAUUCGCUCUUUUUGCCAUCAGGAGUGCCAGCAAUAAUAAUGGUAAAAUGGUGAGGCCGAUGAGAACAGAGGAAUAUCUUCAUGAUUAUUUGCUGGAGGACGCGUUGGUGACUGUGAGUUUACGCAGACUCAUCUGGAAGACACCUCUGCACUUUGAGAACAAAAUUUAUAUUGAUGUCCAUUAUGGACAGAUGCUGUGGGAUUACCUGAAUGGGAAGAUGCUGCUGAGCUAUGAUCAAGAAUUGGAGAUGCAGGUGGGCAUUUUGGUUCUGUUCCAGCACUGGGCCAAAACAGAGCAGGAGAGUUCCGUUCCCUUCAGGGAGGAGUUGAAGGAGUACAUACCAAAGCCUUUGCAGUCCCAAAUCAACCCCCAGAGUCUGCAGAACCAUCUUGGGAUGCUGUUGAGAAACAGGCAGCCACUCCAACCACUGGAUGCAAAAAUCCAGUUCAUAGAGCACGCGAUGAAAUUGCCCUUCUUUGGCUACAACUUCUACUUUGUAGAGAGAGUGAGCGACAGCACAAUCCCUGUGCCCUGCUAUUUUGGUGUGAAUAAUGAACAGAUCGUUGUGGUGGAUAACAUCACCCAGGCAGUCUCCCACGUCAUCCCACUGAAAGAGCUGCAGAAGAUGCGAACCCUGCGGCCUACCUCUGAUGGUGGGCUUCCCGGCAUAGAACUGAACUAUGGCUCCGCUGCCAGUCCCAAGUCUCUGUGGCUUGAACUGUCACAGGCUAAAGAAAUGUAUCACACGGUUGUUGUCAUCCUGGAUAAAACAGAUUUUCAUCGCUAAAGCCUAAGGAGACGAAUGACCAAGCAAAACAGCACCAGUUUCCUUUGAGCUUGUUCAGUGCUCCCUG